ACACGAUGUACGAUGAACGGACGUGAUUGAUUGAUCUCUUGGAUCUCCGCAAAGAGAAUCCGGAGAGGAUCCUUUUCCGCCAGCAUGCAUUUCAUUUACUUAAUUUAUGUGAGUUGAAAACAAGGCCUCUCUCUCUCUCUCUCUCUCUCCUCCAUUGUUUGUGAGUUUUUUCAUCUUUGACAUGGGAACAGCUCAAGAACUUCAGCUCAGCAUUGGAGUUAAGGAAGCAAAUGGAGAAGAUGAAACAAAUUCAUCAGGGCCUUCAGAUGCCUCCGACCGAUCACUGCUGCCGCGGCGCAGAGGCGUCAACUGGUGGAUUAGAAUCGCCAUUUACUCGUUCCUCGUCAUUGCCGGCCAGUCAGUUGCAACGUUCUUGGGAAAACAGUACUACGACAAAGGCGCCAAAAGCAAUUGGCUGGCGACAGUAGUACAACUUUGUGGCUUUCCUAUCAUGCUUCCUUACUAUUUCAUCCCAGCAAGCAGAAAUAAUCCAACCCCAAAAGGUAGUCCUAUCCCAUCAAAACCACCGUCUACCAAAGUCGUCGCAUCAGUAUAUGUCUCUCUUGGCUUCCUGAUAGCCCUAGACUGCUACUUGUAUUCCGUAGGACUAUCUUACCUUCCUGUAUCUACUUAUUCCCUCAUUUGUGCAUCUCAGUUGGCCUUCAACGCGUUGUUCUCAUUCUUCCUCAACGCGCAAAAGUUCACUGCUUACAUUGUGAAUUCUCUGGUUCUCCUCACCAUCUCCUCCACCCUCCUCGCGUUCCAAGGUGAAGACGAAUCUGGAGGCGAUGAUCCAAGUGGAGGGUCGAAGGUAAAGUAUGCAAUCGGGUUCCUAUGCACUGUAGGGGCAUCCGCCGGAUACGGAUUAACGCUCUCCCUAACUCAGCUUGCCUUCAAAAGGGCUAUAAAAAGGGAGACGUUUAGAGCGCUCAUGGACAUGAUAGUGUAUCAAAAUAUGGUUGCAACCUGUUUUACCGUGGUCGGACUUUUCGCUAGCGGAGAGUGGAAGCAUUUGAAGGGUGAGAUGGAGGGGUAUAAGCUAGGGAAGGUAUCCUAUGUGAUGAAUUUGACAUGGACAGCAAUAACAUGGCAGGUCUUUUCUGUUGGAGCAGUAGGCUUGAUUUUGGAGGCCUCUUCCCUCUUCUCCAACUCCAUAAGUGCUUUGGGUUUGCCUGCCGUUCCAGUUCUGGCCGUGAUCUUCUUCCAUGAAAAAAUGAAUGGAAUCAAGGGAAUAGCCAUGGUUUUGGGCAUUUGGGGAUUUGUUUCGUACGCGUACCAUCACUACAUCGACGAUCGUAAGUCCAAGACGGAGAAUAGAAACGCCGGAAAUGAUGAAGCUUCGAAAGCUUUAAGGGUUGAAUAGAGAGGUCUGUUUUGUAGAUCAAUCUCUGGUUUCAUGUAAAAGAAUAGAAUUACAAGCUUACCAAUUGUCCUGAUGAAAGGCUGUUGCUUUCCGCUUGAAUCUUGUUUCGAACGGCCUGAAACAUGUUUUAAAUCAUACCAGUAGCUCUACAUACUGACUGAUGCUUGUUGAUGCAGCCUGUAUGUUUUCCAAAAAUGUUUAAAACGGUGUCGUAACGUCUUGAUAGUGAUACCUCCAUCACCUGCAAGAAUUUCAGGUUUUCCAUAUUACAUAAGAGCUCUUCUUCUUCUU